AUGGAUCAUAAUCCUUCACACCCGGUACCAGACGCAGAUUUCUACCAUGACGGAGGCGCAGAAACGCCAUAUAUGGGUUUAGGCCUAGAAACUGGAGCUUUCCCUUCCAGUGUCGCUUCACCCGAUCCUCUAUUAGGGUCCGCACGUAGCAGCUACUUCUCCCUAGAUCGUAAGGCUCUUGCGCAGGCUCUCGGUCAGACCCCGGACGAUAGCCGGAGUAGCCAAAUUGAAGUCCAACUGCAAACGCGCGACAUCACCGACCAUGGCCGCGAUGAAGUCCUUCUUGAUCCCAUGUUGGAACUUGGCGCUAUUAGAAGCCGAAGUGUCGCCGGACACCAUCUCGACGAGGAAACCGGCGGUAACGGAGGGACCUCCCGUCCCGGUUUAUCUCAGGGUAUUCCACCCGAGCUGCCGAACUUAGCGGCCGAGAUAGUCUUCGUGUUAGUGUGUUCAGCGGGACAACUCAUCUUUGCGCUCACGUACGGUCACGCGAAUAUCGCACAGACAGCAUUGCGCGAUGCUCUAGGCCUUCCAGCCACCCAAACUCCUUGGGUGCUGGGUUCCGCACUACUAGCCAGUGGACUAUCGGUCAUUGUCGCCGGAUCACUUGCUGAUUUGGCAGCCCCAAGACCCCUGAUGGUUGGUGCCUUCUUAUGGAGUGCAGCAUGGCAUGCCGUCGCCGCCGGGGCCGUAUCGCCCCGACUAAAGAUUUUGUUUUUCUUCUCUCGUGCUAUGCAAGGGCUCUCGUUAGGGGUUCUUGUGUCUGCGUCCAUGAGUAUUCUGGGUCGCGUCUACAAGCCUGGCGUUCGUAAGACGCGCGUCUUCUCGUUGAUGGCAGCCGGAGCCCCCUUAGGUUUUUGGUUAGGUUGUAUCCAUGGAGGUGCGUUGGCUGCACAUCUGCCAUGGCUCUUUGGAAGCACAGCUAUCUUCCUAGUACUUUGCGCCGUAGCUGCGCAGAUGACGCUGCCGGAUCUGAGCCCCGCGAAAGAUAGCAAUGACGUUGAUGCACCCUCGCUCCGGCAGUUUGACUACCUCGGCGCCAUGCUCUCAUCUGUAGGCUGCGGGCUUGUGCUCUUCGGAUUGACGCAGGGCUCUUCAGCUAAUUGGAGUCCCUAUACAUACUCGCUCAUCGCGGUAGGCCUCUUGAUGUUCGUCGCGUUCGCUUUUGUCGAACGCUCCGUCGAGCGACCUCUAGUCCCGAACGGCCUGUGGAAAAUUCCCGGGUUUGCAGCUCUUCUCUUGGCAUAUUUCCUCGGCUUUGGGGGUUUUACUGGCGCAUGGCAAUUCUACGCCGUCCAAUUCUGGCAGCGUUAUCAAGGCGCCAGUCCUCUCACAGUAGCUCUAUACAUCCUUCCGAACGGUAUUGUCGGCAUACUGGCAGCCUUCGUCGUGUCUAAGACACUUCACGUGUUCCCGGGGCAUUGGAUAUUUACAGCAAGUAUGAUUGCUUUUGCUUUAGGGCCCGCAUUCUUCCUACCGCAAACACCGUCCACAUCGUAUUGGGUGCUUUCACUGCCAGGUGUGGCGCUGGCAACGUUUGGCCCAGACAUGAGCUUUGCGGCAGCCGCCAUUUUUAUUACUUCUAGCGUCCCGAGGUCGUACCAGGGGUCGGCUGGGGCCUUGCUGGUAACAGUACAAAACUUAACAUCAGCCAUCAUGACGUCGAUCUCAGACUCGAUAGGUGUAAAGGUCGAUCCGUUGCCGACAGGUGAAAUUGGGCUCCAGGGGCUUAAGGCAAUUUGGUGGUUUGGACUUGCUUCCGCUCUAACGGGAGCUCUCAUUACAGCAACCUUAGUGCGGAUACCUAAGGCCGAGGAAAAGGAACAUGUACAAUAA